AUGUUUGGGCAGAGCUUGCGCAGGUUCUCCACCUCCUUGGUUCGCAGGAGCCACUAUGAAGAGGGCCCCGGGAAGAACCUGCCCUUUUCAAUAGAAAACAAAUGGCAGUUGCUGGUAAUGGUAACUGUGUACUUUGGAUCUGGAUUUGCUGCACCUUUCUAUAUAUUAAGACAUCAGAUGCUUAAGAAAUAAGAUUCUCCUACACAGGAAUCAGAUUUAAAGAACAAGAACCACCUGUAAAAGCAGUUCAGAAGAAUGGAGUAAGCAAGCUAUUUACCAUAAUAGAUGUCUUUAUAAAUAAACCUAUUAAAUGAAAAAAAAA